AUGUCUCUUGCCUUCUCCACGAUAGGUAAUUUGUAUCUCUCCGCUUGUUGUCCUCUUUAACAGUAUUCAAGGCGUCGAAAUAGGCACAGUUCUGGCUAUCAUUUGCGCAGGAUUCUCGUUGAACACGGGCUUUCAACUGGGAUUGAUGAGGCAGAUUCUAAGAACGUUUAAUCUGAAAAGGAAGGAGAACUCGAAGAGGGAGAAUCUUUCGACAUUCAAAGAGUUUCACAACGUCUCGUCCCUAUGAAAAACGGAUUUCUUUCAGAAUAUUCGGCAUUACUCCUAUUCUCGUCUUCAACAUUAUUUUCAAUUGUAUGUUUUCCCCCACAAAGACCUCGAGAUGUGUUGGGAACUUUCAGGCCGAAAAUCUUACUGUAACCGGACUGGAUCCUAA